AUGGCUACGAUGGGCAUCCAGGCGCUGCCUGCAGAUCUCUUCCAUCUGAUCUCCGCAGAGCUCUCCGAACGCCUCGACUUCCCGACGCUGUACAACUGCGUGGUCAGCAGUAAACAACUCGGCAACUCGGGAGCUAUCAGUGCAUUGUAUCGGUGUGUUUGCAUUUCACAUACCGUUGCUCUGCCCCGUCGCUGAUCGUCUUCUUGUUUGCAGCAUCAGCCACCAAGCACCCGUCAAGGGAGGCGGAGAGGGACUCCCACUGGCCGAACAAGAAUUGACAGUCCAACGGUGGUCCAUCAUGUGGCGCACAAUAACGUUGUCCGCUCUGGGAAAGAGCAUUUAUCCCUACUGUCGGCACCUGCGAUUCCUUGAUCUGCGAGAUCUAGGCGACUUGUUGGACGACGACAAGUUCCGAGGCAAGAUCGUAAAGCACUUCUUCGCCGGCGAACUCGCAAAGUUCCAUUUUGUUCAGCAGACACCAGGCAGGGGACGUGCCACUCGGCUAGACACCAAGAAGAUCAUUACGGCCAUCGGGAACGAGAUCACGCAGCAAGCUCCUCUGCUGGAAGCACUUUCGGAACCGACCACUUCGAACGUCUUCUCGAGCGUACUGCUGGAGUGGGCGCCCCGGCUAUCUCAUUUGAGAUCGCUUGAUUUCUGGGACGGCAAGGCCCUCGCGGACGAGACACUGCGCAGCUCGCUGCAUACCCAUUGUCCUAACCUUGCCAGCCUCCGGAUCUAUUACUCUGCAAAUGACGAUGCGGAUCAUCAGCUGGCUGCUUUCAUCAGCGGCAUGAAAGAUGAUAGCCUCGUCCAGUUCGAAAACAUCAGCAACUGUCGCGUUGGCGCAGAGACUUGCUUGGCUCUAAAUAGUCACGGAAACAGCCUUCAGUCGUUGAAGCUGUGGGUGACAGAUGAAGGAAUCCAAGCGCUGUCCCUCCUAAAGGUACGUAAAGAGCAUGCAGCACCUGGCAGUACUGACAAACGACAGGGGUGCACUUCUGUCGAAACGUUAGCGAUAGCGUCUUCGCCCGCGUCUGUUGACCUGAAGGCCACGCAAAACGAUGUGUAUCUGGGGAUCGUGGACUGGCUGAAGGAUUGCAAGUCGCUUCAGGUACGUUGAAGGAACGCGAAAGCCAGGCAGUCCACGUCAAGACUUGUUCGUUGACCAUGCGCAGGAUAUCAGCUUUACAAACUUUGUCUCCGCGCCAGAUCUUCUCCUUCCGGUCCUUUUGAACCAAGCUACUACACUUCAGAAGCUACAGAUCAAUGCCAGCAAUGAUGACGCAAUGUACGUGGUGAAGGAUCAUCACGACUUUCAUCAGGCUCUGAGCCAACAACCAAGCCUCCGGAGUCUAUUACUUCGUGCGGAUCCAGAGCCCGCGACGAGAGACGAUGUCGACACUCUCAUGGACGCCUUUUGCUCGCUCAAAGAGCUCCGGGAGUUGCGACUAACUCGUAUAUCGGAUUACUUGAGGGAUGAACACAUCAUCACUUUGGCCCAGCGACUGAGCAAUCUCGAGGACCUCUACGUCGGUGGCUUCGGCAUUUCAGACUCGAUCUUCCCACAGUUGACGAAGUUGAGUAACCUCAGGGUGGUGACCUUCAGCGGCCUCACCAGCUUCACGGCAGCCGGCAUACUCGACUUUGUGAAUUCCCUAGGAGAAGGCAACUAUGGCUUGGCCCUGUCCAUCGACAAUGCCGACCCAGAAACCGCAAUCUCCCAGGAAAGCCAGGACCUGAUCAGGGAGGUGAUGAUGAAGAGCAUUGAUGGCAGGUUCGACUAUCAAUUGCUGCGAGGUUUGUCUUUGCGAAUCAGCUCGUGAUUGGAGAAACCAGCUGACACGUUGCAGACCCCAACGUGCCCGAGUUCAAUGAUUCGGACGAAGAUUCCGAUUGA